UUAAUCAAGUGAACGAAGAAGAAGAACAGGAAGUGGAAACAGUCACUACAAACUGCUAACUCGUUAGCAGCUCACGUUGUUGUAAUUUAACUCUGUCAAAGAGUCAAAAUGAACAAACUGAAUAAAUCACAGGAUUAUGACUCGUAUGAGAUCGAGGAGCCGAGCGACGAGGAGAGAGCCGCCAGCAGUUCGGAGGACGAGCUGGACGUGCUGCUGAACGGGACUCCGGACCAGAAGAAGAAGCUGAUCAGAGAGUACCUGACGGGGGAGAGCGAGUCGUCCAGCGGGGAUGAGUUUGAGAAGGAGAUGGAGGCAGAGCUCAGCUCCACCAUGAGGACCAUGGAGGGAACCUGGGGACCGGCCUCAGCAGCAGAAACCUCAGGAGGUGGAGGAGGAGGAGGUCCUGGACUUCCUAAUCCUCGGAUGUACGAUAACGUCUACUUCGACUCGGACUCAGAGGAGGAGGACACACCCAGCAGCUCCACAGGUCAGAGGCAGAGACAGCGGACCAUACCGACCAACGACGAGCUGCUGUACGACCCAGACGAGGACGACAGAGACCAGGCCUGGGUGGACGCCAAGAGGAGAGAGUAUGGCAGCAGGAAACGACCGGCAGCAGCGUGUCGGUCGCGGCCCGGUCGUCCUCAGGGUUUACCGAGCAGCGACGCCGUCCUCAACUGUCCCGCCUGCAUGACGACGCUCUGCCUGGACUGUCAGAGGCAUGAAAAGUACCGGACGCAGUAUCGAGCCAUGUUCGUCAUGAACUGCACGGUGAAGAAAAACGAGGUGUUACGCUACAAAACGCAGCAGGACAAGAAGCGGAGGAACAGGAAGAGGAGGAGGGGACAGAAAACAGAGACGCCCGCCGACGAGGCUCCUGACCCGGCGCCGGCAGGGAUGGACGCCGACGAGGUUUACCACCCGGUGCAGUGCUCCGAGUGCUCCACGGAGGUGGCCGUGUUCGAUAAAGAUGAAGUGUACCACUUCUUCAACAUCCUGGCCAGCCACUGCUGAGACGGACUGAGCACGCUCGGAGCAGGACGGGUUUUAAUUUGUCUCCUCACAGGGUUUUCAGCUGAACGGGUCCGACUGAGAGGGAGAAUCUGCACCGAUCUAUCGGUCAUAAAUCUGGAUCCAGAUCAUCUGUUUAUCUUUCUAAACAAAAACUGGAAUCUGACUCUGAACGUGCAUCAGUUCUCAUACUGAACCGUUUACAGUGGAGCCCGACUGAUACAGGACGUUGGAGGCAAAUACUGAACACAUCACAUAAACAAACCUUUUUAACAAGGGUCCCGCCUUUUUUCUGAGAAUUGUGAGGAAGAUGAUAUUAAAGGUAAAAAAUAAACCUGUCAGUGCUGUGGGGAACAGGCUGUGUAACGAAGACAGUGUUUUCAUUCUCUCAAACAUACCUCUGCACUUUGUGUUUGUCCACUGAGCUGCUAUAUAUAUAUAUAUAUAUUUUUUUUUUUUUUGGUGGCUUCAAAACAUCCACAAGACAGUUUUGUGUUCAUGGUGAUGAAGGAACAUGUUGCCCAGUCUAACAUUAAUGUGUUUCUCAUAUUUUUGUUCUAUGGCUCAGAGGAAUAAAUGGUUGGAUCAUA